GGGUUUAAAUCGCUGACGUCACCUUUAACCUUAUCAACACAUGUUUAUGAAAAUCGAACUUUCCAUCCGCUGUUUAUUCCGCGGGGUGCAGUUCUCUGUAUGUCCUGAGGGGGCGGUACAAAGGCGCGAGGAGCUGCACCAGCAGACGAAGAAGAAAAGCUACCGUCUCGCGCGGUUUCCGGUUCAUUUCAACUUCUUUUUAUUUGUGUUCGUGAGAAGAAAAAAAAAGAUUCGGUUUAUAUUCGAAGAAACAAACAACGACGAGGCUCAGGAGCGCGUGACGUCACCGCCCACCGUCAGACUGUGUGUGUGUGAGUGUGUUACAGUUCAGAGUUCAGCCACAAAUGGAUGCUUCACUUUGAAAGACCACAGGGGGCGCUGUAUCUGCCGCUUCAUAAACAACAAUAAUCAGUUCCGUUGUUAUCGUCUCAGAUGCAUCACAGCGACUCGUCCCCGUUCUUCGUGUCUCCAGCUGCUGUCCUCUUGUCCAGAUGCGUCUCCAGAGGCGUGCUGUCUCAGGAGCAAAUAGACUCUGCCUCCUCCAGGCCAAACCCCGCCUUCUCCUCUGAGCUGCAUGAGGCUGACCAGCGAAUCAGAGCCCAGCGACUCCUCAGUGAGCUGAAGAUGGAGCUGGAGCUGCUGCAGGUGGAGAAGGAGAGCGCUGACGUCACACACACACACUCUCUCAGUGGGAGGUUCCAGCAGCUGCAGCAGUUCUGUGAUCAUGUGCAGCUGCUGCUGAAGGAGCAGAACAGUGUGAGACAGAGACUCAUGAAACCACUGGGUCAGACCAACCUGCCUGUCCACGCCCACCUGCACAGGUCCGUGGUUCAGGUUUUGGAUCUGCUGCUCGUCUUCAUUCAGACUCUGGAGGAGAAACUGGACUCGAUUCAGAACGGCAGCAGAACCAGAAAACAGCUGAGUCAGCUGAAUACCUCGAUCGCCCAGCUGCUGGCUCAGGCAGCAGAAGUGCAGAGUUUGUCCAAUCAGGUUCUUCAGUGGAAGGAAGGGGGGAGGAGCCUGCAGCAUGGCCACUGACUUCACAUCUGUUACUUUGUUUAAAUUUGUUCUAAUAAAGUUUAUACUUUGGUCCACA